AUGACCGGUAAACCUCCCGCCCCCCCGAAGGGGCCACCAGAUAAUCCACCCGGAUACCAUGGCUGCGGAAGAACUCCGGAAUGGAUGCGACAGAAGGACGAUAUGGGUCAAACGGCAGUUUUAGUGCUACGGUGCAAAAUCGACGACGACGGGACAACCACGAAGAGAGAAGUACGGCUCCCAGAACCAUUCAUCAUCGGAUCAUCAGUCCAAGUUGCUAUUGGAGAGAAAGAAGCCCGAAGUGUAGCUGCAUCUCGAGAAGGUCGUGGGUCACGUUAUCUCCUACGCACCAGCUCCAGGAGCAUUGUUGACAAGCUGACUAAACUAACGGAGCUUAUCGACGGCACGCAGAUAGAAAUCUUUCUGCACCCGACACUCAACACGGUUCAGGGUCUUGUUUUCGAACCAGACUCUAUAGAUACUGACGAGAAGGUAAUCGAAAAAAAUCUGAGGUCUGAAGGAGUACAAGCAGUACGACGAAUUAAAAAGCGCGUAAAUGGCAAACUGCAAAAUACACCUCUGUUGGUCUUGUCAUUUAGCGGAACUGUUCUACCUAGCUACGUUUUCUUCGGAUUACUGCGGAUCUCUGUGAAGCAGUACUACCCUUCACCUAUGCUCUGUUUCAAAUGCGGAAUGUACGGCCAUUCACAAAAAAUGUGCCAACAGCCAGGUAUCUGUUUGCGAUGCUCGCAACCGUUGCACGUGGCCGAUGGAGAGCAAUGCAACAAUACGCCCUAUUGCUUUCACUGCAAGAACGGGCAUUCUGUUAAGUCACGAGACUGUGCUAAAUUCAAGGAGGAGGACAAAAUAGUGCAUCUGAAAGUCGACCAAGGUAUCUCGUACACCGAAGCAAGACGUCGGUACAACGAUGACAAUAAGCGAGAAACCAUCGCUCGCAUCAUUCAAGACCAACUAAAACAGGAGAUUGCCACCAAAGAUCAACUGAUAGCAUCGCUACAACAACAAGUUGCUACCUUAGCAAAAGAACUCGAGUCGCUGAAAUCAUCGCUCAACCUUCGUACGCCGUGUGAGUCCCCUGCUGCAUCGAAUGUACAAAGAUCAUCAAAGCACCACUCAUCGCAAAAACCACCAGCCACUACCACCCAGUCAAUCCCGACUACAAAGCAUACCGAAACCCGUGAAUCGAGAAAAGACGGUGCCUUCUUGGAGCCACCGCUUGAUAAAGCCGACCACAUUCGCGUCCUUAGAUCUGGUAUCGUCCGUAGUCGAAGCCGAAGUGGUAAACGUCAAAACGAAACGUCGCCACACGACACAAACAGCAGCAGAGGUAAACGUUCGCUGACUCAGCCCACAGCAAGCCAGAACACAAUCGACAUAGACGAAUAA